GCCUCAUGAACACACGACUACACCAAGUAAGUAGACGAUGUCACCCUCCUUGCAAUGUCAUCAUCACCAGCGUCCGACUCGCAUGUCAUUGCCAGCUCAACACCCACUGCACAGACAGAGGCAAGGCGGAGACACCACGUCGCACAUCUGGCAUUUUGUCGCUGGACGUGUUCGUACCGUCGCUAUCGGCCGAACAUCCUGGCUGCGACGUCGGGUCCCAGCACAGCACGGGCCAGCCGAGUGGUCUGCGGGAAGCGGUUCUUGAAGGCAGCACCCACGCCCCACUCAGCCGCCUCGGUCGUGAAGAACCCAACACGCACUGCAGACCAGAAAACAUGGCAACAAGUACCCAUGCUGUGGUUAUGAGGAUGCCGAUUCUGCGCUGAGCUUACUCAUCCCGGACAUCCAGUAGUCCGGUCCGAGAUGUCCAUCCACGCGACGAAUGAGUGGCUGGCGUCGGUCAGCACGAGACGAUGACGACGGUCGCUGCCGGCUCCGCAGCAGAAUGCGGUCGUGGUGCUGCAUCCCUCCACUGGUACGUGGGGCGACUCCAUCAGCAGGAUGUGCAGCCGAUUGUUCCCAGCAUGCCUGAGAAAUGACGUGCGCACACACACACAUCGACUAAGAGACACACGUGGGGACGGACUGCCUGUUCACCUAUCGACUAUGAAGACGCCAGCUUGAUUCCACGCAGCGUUCGAAUGAGUGCGCCCGAAGUGGCUGAGAAGGACUCUCUUGACGAGCGACGACAUAGAGGAAUCGGUGAAUGCAGAAUGAGACGGCACCGCCCCCCCGGAAUGGGUAAUUCUGCUACGAACGGGUGGGUCGUGCGGCUGUCUGUACUGCUGGUAUGAGUGGCCGGCAGGGAGGGAUGGGUUCAACGUGAGCUCGAGUCUGUUAUAGUCCUUGAUGGCGCGCAGCCUCCCGCCACGCUGGAAAAUCCGCAUCGUCAAGCCGUUACCCCAGUGGAUGUGGCGGCCGACCAUCUUGAGCUGAGCCAACACAUGAGGAGUGGCCAUGUACACCUGCACAUACAAUAAACACAGCCAAUAUCAGUGAGCCAUCCUGACCAUCCCCUGCCUGCCUGCCUGCCUGCUGACCAUCUUGUUUUUGUGUUGGUGUAGAUCAGCAGCAGUGAGGAUGAUGGGCAGCUGGCAGUAGCCCAACUGCAUCGCCAGGUCAAUCGCCUCAGCCAUCUCGCCCCAGCCACCCAACUCAACUACACACACGGCCGUCAGCAGCUCCGCCACAUCCAUCUGCCGAUCGUCGAAUGACAGCAGCUGCUGUCCGGUGGCCGUCCGUCGCAGCCCCGCCUGUGUGCUGAGGGAAUGGCUGAGCCGCUGUCGCAGCUCAGGCGCUUGAAAGAGGUCUCUCAGCCAUGUACAAGUCGUUCUCAGCCGCAAUAUGUCUGCGAGGCUCAGCACGUAGAAGGUCCGAGGGCCGACGAAGUAAUACAAAAUGGGAUGCUGCUGAUGGUGCGUGUGCUGCAUCACGGCGCCGGCGCAGCGGGAUGAAUCAACAGCACUCGGGACCAACCGGGUGGAUUCCGGUGAGAAGGACGGGGCGAGAAGAGGCGAUGGGUGAAUCGCGAUGCCGGGCAAGUUGAGGGCGAAUGUGAUGCGGGAAGCCCUCAAAAGAGCAACACAAAAGAGGGGAG